UCUGGAGCAUUUCAGGCGCUUGGUGGGGAAGCCGGGGAAACCUGAGUGUCGGCUGCUUGGAUCAUCCAAGUGUCUGAACAUGGCAGAAGGGGACACCUUGGUCUCAGUGGAUUAUGAAAUUUUUGGAAAGGUUCAAGGGGUGUUUUUCCACAAGUACACUCAGGCUGAGGGAAAAAAGGUAGGUUUGGUAGGCUGGGUCCAGAACACCGAUCGGGGCACCAUGCAAGGACAGCUGCAAGGCCCCAUCUCCAAGGUGCGGAGCAUGCAGGAAUGGCUGGAGAAGAGAGGAAGUCCCAAAUCCCACAUCGACAGCGCGAACUUCAACAAUGAGAAAGUCAUCUCAAAGCUGGAUUAUUCAGAUUUCCAAAUUGUAAAAUAAUGACCUGAAUUUUAAUGUUUUCAAAAUUAUCUUCCUCCUUUU